UCGCGACAACGCGCGUGGCCGUGACGCGCCGUAUAACCUCGGCCAAAAGUUUCAAGGAGGUUCCGCGCUCUGCGUGUCGGCGGCCGAGAGCGGGCGGAUCUGUGGUGAUCGGUUCUCGAUUUCUCUCUAACCUUCGCUCGCGCGCCGGCAACGAUCGUGAUGCCCGAUCAGCUGCGACCGGUCCCGCUUCUGUCGGCGGCGGACGCGAGCGCGUGAUAACGAGCCGCUCUUCUUGCGCUGCACCUUUCCGCGCCCGCUCGAGACAUGAAGUAGACACCCGCGGCUGGGCUCUCGUCGCGUCUCGAGGGGAAACGCGCGCGGUGGACGCGCUCGAGAAACGGAUACGACGGUCUACGCCUCGCCGGGAGGAAACGGAAAGAGAUAAAAUUGCUGGGCCGACGACGGCGGCGGGGGGGGAUGUAGGAGGUGCAAAUUAAGAGGCGGGCUCUGUCAAGUCUCUCGGCGGAGCGAGCGGCCGGGGGUACAGUCAUCCCUGGCUCGUCGCUCGCGGCGCACGCGGACGCGAGCAGCGCGCAAAUGUCAGGCGGCUCGUGACGGCGGGUGGCGAGGAGUGGGAAUGUGAAACCGGGCGCAGCCUCUCGGCGGAGUUCGAAUAUCUCUCGGCGUCCGGCCCGCGCACGACUCGCGCACGAUGGAGAACCACCAGGUGAGAGCGCUGUACGACUUCACGGGCGAGUCGGGCACGGCGGAGCUGUCGAUCAACGCCGGCGAGCUUCUGACUGUCAUACGGGACAACGUGGGUGAUGGCUGGUGCGAGGGAUUCAAUCAGGGCGGGCAGUCGGGACUGUUCCCGGCGGCGUACGUCCAGGUGGUCGACCAAGCCGCGCAGUCCUCCAAUACCAUGACAUCGUCGCAGCAAAGCUCGGGAGAUUACUGGGACGAUGACUGGGACGACGAUUCUGAGGUUGGACAGACGCAGGCUUACGUCCCGCCCACGCAGCAGCAGCAGCAGCAGCAGCAGCAGCAGAUUAUACCACAACAGAAUAACGCCAGCGACUAUGGCGACCAAGUGUCGAUGCAUACUAUACAUUCUGUGAUACCAGAGAGACCUAUACCCAACGUACCAAAGAAAAACAAUAAGUUUUCCACGCUGAUCAAGUCGGGGGAAGAUAGCUUUUUGCUGGGCGUCAAAAUGGUGACUGUGCCCGAGAGCGAGAAGAUCUUCAUAGAGGAGGGAGACGGUGGCCGGUGUAUGUGGCUACCGACUGGCGAGUCCUACAGCUGCGUCGUCACGUCGCCCAAGAAGGAAUCCAAGCUGAAGGGUCUCAAGAGCUUCAUCGUCUAUCAAUUGACUCCUACGUUCAAUAAUAUUCAAGUCUCGAGGAGGUACAAGCAUUUCGACUGGCUGCACGAACGCCUGGAGGAGAAGUACUGUUUCAUCCCGAUCCCGCCUCUGCCCGACAAGCAGAUAUCCGGGCGUUACGAGGACGCGUUUAUCGAGCACCGGCGUACGCAACUACAGGAAUUCGUGGACUACGUCUGUCGGCAUCCCGUGCUGUCGCGCAGCCGCGUCUGGGAGCACUUUAUCACCUGCACGGACGAGAAGCGAUGGAAGGCGGGGAAGCGACAGGCGGAGAAGGACGAGCUGCUGGGCGUGAAUUAUUUCAAUGCCAUUCAAUGCCCGGACGCGCCGCUGGACGUGAUAAAAAUGGAGAUCCAGACCGAUACCUUUAACAGAUUUAUCAGCAGCCUAGAUCCGGCGGUGAAGAAUUUCAUGGCCAUGGCGGUGGAUCAAGCGAAGAAGCAUCAGGUUCUGUACAAGAGGGAGUUCCAGAAGAUCAGCCAGUCGUUUACGUCGCUCAGCCACGCACUGGAGGCGGACGACAACGGUCGCGUGAGGCUGACGCGCGCGUUGAAAGCGACCGGCGACGCUUACAAUGACAUCGGCAGGCUGUACGAGGACCAGCCAAAGUUCGAUUGGGAGCCGUUGUCCGACAAGUUUCACAUUUAUCGCGGUAUUAUCAGCAGCUUUCCCGAGGUCACCAGCAUUCACAAGAGCGCCAUGCAGAAGCGAAGGGACUGCGAGCGAAUGGUCAGUGAGCAUAAAAUGGAGCCGCAGCAACUACGCGAGCUUUCCCACCGAACCGACGUAAUUGCUCGCGCGCUAAUCGCCGAGGAGGUUCACUUCCAGACGGAACGGGAAGUGCAUAUAAAUAAAGCCGUGCGGACGCACCUCACGGAACAGAUCGCCUUCUAUCAGAAGAUAGUCGAUAAACUGCGGGAGGCGUUAAAUGCAUUCGACGAAUGAUACUCGUAAUUGCCACGAUCUGCCUAAGUAACAUAAUCCAGCCGCUCUAAGGCCGACGCUAGUAUUAACAGAAAGAUAUCAUAGCGAUAAAUUACGUUAAAUUUCAGUGGAAAUGUGUACAUACGUUGGACGCGCCGUUUAUUUCAAUCGGCACAGUUCGGAAUCGGAAUUGGACUGUUAAAUUGGACAGUUGCUAUCGAAACGGCUGUGCACGACCGUUGAAAUAUUUGUGAAGUGACCAAGUGAUUGCGUCAAGAUUCGGUAUGCGGUUGGUAUUGACCUAAAUCACGCAAUCAUCAUUGAUACAUUAUAACAAAUUGUAAUAAUAUAUUUUACGUUGAUAUUAAUUCUAACGUUGCAUUCACUGCACCUCGACGUCCCCGAAAUUAGCUGCUUCAACUCGCGAAGUUUCGAUUCUAUUCGAAUAAUUUCUCGCGACGAAGGGGCGUCAUGUCGAAUCAUCGUUACGUUAUCGUGUGUUGUACAGACUUGAAUUCUACAGAAGUCUGUAGCUCGACUUUAUUACAAAGUCCAAUCGCGAGUCGUGUAUCAUUGCAACAUCAUUGCUAUGCAUGUAAUAAUACUUUGUAAUUACAAGUGUCCGUGCGGUGCGACAUUCAAAAUUGAUAAUCGAAUUGAGAUUUGCUCUUCGAUUUUGUACAAAGCAGUUGAAAGGCUACAUCACACAAUAUCGCUCGCGAUAUUCUGAACUAGUGUGUAUAAUUAUUUUUUUAAUGAAAUAAUGAAAAAUCAAAGAAGCACUUAGACGAGCUCGCGCUACACGGAAUAUUUUAGUCGUAUAAUAAAAAGACCGGAAUUGUUUAAUGGGCAGCUAAGUGUAUCAAGUAUGUAGCACUUUGAAAUUUUGCUUUCUGAGAUUCUAAUGUUUAUUACGCUAAAUAUUCAUUAUUUUCCAUCAGAAUGCAGAAUGCAAAAAAUUAUUCGUUCGGUCGUGAUGAGAGAAUUACAUUGUUUGUCGCGUACGAAUGAGAAGCGAGAGAUAAAUUAUCUUACGCGUAAUGUCUCUAUAGGGUGUUCUAAAGGCAACCGUUUUAUAUGCACGUUUAACGAAACGUAUUAUUUGUGUGAUCGUGAAAUCCUGAAAUUUUUUGUAAGAAAGAUAUACAUAGAGAAAAAUAACGAAGCACAAGACACGGAACAUUCUUGUUAUCGCAUUUAAAUAAAAUGUACAAAUAACAGAGCUUAUAUGUAUCAACAUAGGCACCAAAUAUCAAUUUUUAUAAACGAUAUUAGCGAAGGAAAGAUAAUCUUUUCUUUUGAAAGGAGUUGUAAUAAAUGGCUAUUGAAUCAAGAAUUAAA